AUGUCGAUCGAAUGUAGUCUGAAAUCUGCGGCGGCGUGGCGGCUGCUGCCGCUGCUGCUGCUGCUGCUACUGAUCUCGGUGCAAGUGCACCCGUCCACGAGUUACGUCGAGCUUCCGAAGACGGUCAUAGGUGGCCUGUUCGAUCGCAAUGGCUCGUCGAUGCGCAGAUCCUUCUCGCUCGCGGUACGCAGCAUGAACAGCUGUCUGUUCGAUCGUCACUGGUGCGAUCGCAUCCAGAAGUGCGAGCCCCGCCACCAGGACUGCGAUCAGUUUCACUUCCUGCAGAUCUCCGCGCUGGUGCUCGAGGUCGACGGCGGCGUCAUCGACGCCCAUCGUAAAUUCGGCGAGUUGGCCGGUCACGGGGCGCGCGACCCAGUCGUCAAUGACUACGGCCUCGCCGCGGUGUUCGGGCCCCACUCGGAGCUGAGCUCGCGCUACGUGCAGGGCCUGUGCGAGCUGCACGACCUGCCCAACAUCGUGGUGAGGCGCGAGAUCGAGCACGACCCGGUGCGCUCGAUCAAUCUCUAUCCGGAUCUCGGCACGCUGGCCCACGUCUACGUGGAGAUGGUGAAGAAGCUCAACUGGACGUCGUUCGUCGUGCUGUACGAGAGGCCGGACAAUUUCGCCGCCGUGGAGAAGCUCCUGAAGAUGUACGGGCCCUACGACUAUCCGGUCUAUCCGUUCGCGCUGGGCGGCGGCAGCAAUUACAGCCUGCCCCUGCUGCGUGCCAAGGCGACCAACUGCAAGAGCAUCGUGAUCGACUGCUCGUACGAGCGUCUGGCCGCGAUCCUCGCCCAGACCCAGCAGGUCGGCAUGAUGACCGACUCGUAUCGCUACUUCGUCACCUCGCUCGAUCUGCAGACCCUCGACCUGGGCCCCUAUCGUCACUCCGGGGCCAACAUCAGCGGCAUCCGACUGCUCGACCCCGACGAUCCGUUCGUGCGCGACUUCGUCCGAGCUCACCUCGACGAGCUGGAGAUCGCGGGCCCGGAGCAGCUGCGCACCGAGGACGCCCUCGUGUUCGACGCGGUGGCCAUGUUCGCCCAGGCCUACAAGCAUCUGGCCUACGAUUACGAGCCGGCCGAGCUCAGGGGCAACAAGCUGCCGCAGAAUUACGACGAGCCCGUGGAGUGGCCGCUCGGGCUCAGUUUGAGGAAUUACCUGCUCUACAACACGAUAAACGGACUGACGGGGCCGGUGAUGCUCGACACGGACGGCAGUAGGAGGCGAUUCGAGCUCGACGUGCUCAAUUUACAAAAGACCGGCUUGAAGAAGAUCGGCAAGUGGAAUCCCGACGACGGCUUCGACGAGCUGCACAUCUGGAACGAGCUGAAGAUGAAGCACUUCAACAUCCUCAUAACCAUCACACCGCCUUACGCCAUGCGAGUCAACUACUCCAAGAGCCUCGAGGGCAACGAGCGCUACGAGGGCUUCGUCGUCGACAUCAUCAAGGAGCUCAGCCGCAUCAUCGGCUUCAAUUACACGUUCCACGUGCAGGAGGACGCGCAGAACGGCGCCUGCAACAAGAGCCAGUCGGGCGUCUGCCGCUGCACGGGCAUGAUGGAGCGCAUAAUCAGCGGCGAGAUGGACAUGGCCAUCACCGACCUCACCAUCACCGAGGAGCGCGAGCUCUGCGUCGACUUUUCCACGGCCUUCUGGAACUUGGGCAUGAGCAUACUCUACAAGAAGCCGGCCCAGGCCCCCGCGACGCUGUUCUCGUUUCUGUCGACCUUCGACACCUGGGUGUGGAUCUAUUUGGCGCUGGCCUACGUGCUCAUGUCCCUGAUGUUCUUCGCGCUGGGCAGGAUCAGCCCGGCCGAGUGGACGAAUCCGCAUCCGUGCGUGGAGGAGCCCUCGGAGCUGCACAAUCAGUUCACCAUCAACAAUUCGUUCUGGUUCACGAGCGGCGCGCUCAUGCAGCAGGGCUCGGAAAUCGCUCCAAUAGCCAUAUCCACCCGAGCCAUGGCCGGCUUCUGGUUCUUCUUCUGCCUCAUCAUCAUCUCCACGUACACGGCCAAUCUCACGGCUUUCCUCACCGUCGAGAGCCCGGUGCGAGUCGUGCGCGGCAUCGAGGAUCUCUACAACCAGUCCAAGAUCAAGUUCGGCGCGAAGCGCGGCGGCUCGACCUUCAUGUACUUCCAGAGCUCGAGGAACCCGAAGCACCGACAGCUCGCCGAGAUCAUGCAGUCCAAGCAGUGGGAGCGCUACAUGCCCUCGUCGAACGCCGAGGGCAUCAAGCUGGCCCAGACGGAGAAUUACGCCUUCAUCAUGGAGUCGUCGAGCAUCGAGUACAUACAGUACAGGAUGUGCGAUUUGGAGCAGGCUGGACCGCUGAUCGAUCAAAAGUCCUACGCCAUCGCUUACAAAGAGAACUUUGAAUAUCAUCAGCAGAUCAGCAGGACCAUAUCCGUUUUGCAGGAAAAACUCGUCAUCAAGGGUCUGUACAACAAGUGGUGGAAGGAAAAGGGCGCCGUGUGCUUUAAAUCCAAAUCGACCACCGCCGAUCCCAUGAAUUGGGAUCAAUUGAUGGGCGUCUUUCUGGUGCUCGCGGUCGGAAGCUUCCUGACGCUCGGCAUCACCCUCUGGGAAUUUUUCUGCGGCGUUCGCAAGGUCACGAAGAAGUCCGUCGCUACGUUCAAGCAAACCGUAACGGCGGAAAUCAAAAACGUCAGCGGCUCCAAGGCGAUAAAGCCGGUGCUCAAUCGGAAACCGUCCAACGAGUCUUCGUUGACGAACGACUUCAAUUCCAUUAACUACACGCCUUAGUCGCGCGUGUUUAUAAAAUAAUAAAAUAUGACAUAUCGGCGUUGUCUGUACAAUGCCUCCGAUUCCGUACGAUGAUGUGCGUGUUUGUGUGUGUAUAUUCGUAUGUUUGUUUAUUAUGCCCGCACCACCGGGAGGUGUUGAGACAUUUUCCUAAUCGAUGAAUUAUUUUGUCUUCGACGAUUUCCUAUUCUCUUUAUGGAUGUAUAGUUUUUGGAGCUUUGUACGCGCGCGAAAUAUACGUAAUGUAAACACUUUUAACAGUUCGUGCGUGCCUGUGCUGUGUACGAGCGCGCUGCACUUUAAAGCUAAAAAUACAUUUACACUCCCGCGUUGUUUUACUGUACGCGCUUGUCGAGUGUGUAUAUGUAUUUGGCGAUGUGUACAAUGCUUUUCGUUUUCUAUAACGACUGCACGGUAUACCCAUAAUAUAGGAGUUCUUUUUUGUAUAUACAAACGCGGCGUGUUUGUAUGUUUAGCAGAAAUGCGUGUCAAUUGCUCGAAAGAGAGUCGAGCGGAGAAAGAGAGAGAG